AUGCACCGCACCUCGCCGGCCGGCCGCCCGGCUCCCUCCACAUCCACGUCCAUGGCAACCACCGGCGACGCCUGCCUGCCUCUCCUCCUGCUCCUCCUGUCGCCGCUGAUCAUCUCCUCGUCCUCAGCGGCAGCGGUGGAAGCAGAAGCAGAGCAGCCGGUACACGACCUCCUGCUUAGCUUCAAGGCCUCCCUGCACGACCCCGCCGGCGCCCUCGCCACCUGGUCCAGCUCCACGCCCUACUGCAACUGGUCGCACGUCACCUGCACGGACUCCUCCUCCUCCGCUUCUUCGCCCGUCGCCGUCUCGCUCCAGCUCCAGGGCCUCGGCCUCUCCGGCGACAUCAACGCCACCGCGCUCUGCCGCGUCCCGGGCCUCGCCGGCCUCAGCCUCGCGUCCAACGCCUUCAACCAGACCGUCCCGCUGCAGCUCUCGCGCUGCGCCUCGCUCGCCGCCCUCAACCUCAGCUCCGGCGCCUUCUGGGGCCCGCUGCCGGAGCAGCUCGCGGCGCUCGCCUCUCUCACGUCGCUCGACCUUAGCGGCAACGACAUCGAGGGGACCGUGCCGCCGGGCCUCGCCGCGCUGCGGGCGCUCCAGGUGCUCGACCUGCGCGGCAACCGCCUCUCCGGCGUGCUCCACCCGGCGCUCUUCCGCAACCUCACCAGCCUCCACUACCUGGACCUGUCCGGCAACCAGUUCUUGGAGUCCCAGCUGCCGCCGGAGCUCGGCGGGAUGGCCAGCCUCAGGUGGCUCUUCUUGCAGGGGUCAGGGUUUAGCGGCGAGAUACCCGAGACCUUCCUUAGGCUGGAGCAGCUGGAGGCUCUUGAUCUGUCCAUGAACAGCUUGACCGGACCCGUUCCUCCGGGGUUCGGCCUCAAGUUUCAGAAGCUGCUGUCCCUGGAUUUGUCGCGCAAUGGCUUCUCUGGGCCGUUCCCCAACGGCGUCGACAAGUGCCUCAUGCUGCAGAGGUUCGAGGUGCAGGGCAACGCGUUCACCGGGGAGCUCCCCGCCGGCCUCUGGUCUCUGCCGGACUUGCAGGUCAUCCGCGCCGAGAACAACCGCUUCUCCGGCCGGCUGCCCGAGUUCCCCGGCGGCGUGUCUCGGCUGGAGCAGGUUCAGGUUGACAACAACAGCUUCUCCGGCGCGAUACCUCAGAGCAUCGGCCUGAUCCGCACCAUGUACCGCUUCUCCGCCUCACUGAACGAGCUCAACGGCAGCCUGCCGGACAACCUGUGCGACUCCCCGGCGAUGAGCAUCAUCAACAUCUCCCACAAUGCCAUCUCCGGCUCGAUCCCCGACUUCAAGAACUGCAAGAGGCUGGUAUCCUUGUCCUUGUCCAGCAACGGUCUCACCGGGACGAUACCAGCCUCUCUUGGGGACUUGCCGGUGCUGACCUACAUCGACCUGUCCAGCAAUGGCCUCACCGGCGCCAUUCCGGCAGAGCUCCAGAACCUGAAGCUUGCGUUGCUCAACGUCUCGUACAACCGGCUCUCCGGCCGCGUGCCUCCGGAGCUGGUCUCCGGCCUUCCCGCCGUGUUUCUUGAGGGGAACCCAGGCCUGUGCGGUCCAGGGUUGCCGAGCGAUUGCGAUGCGCCAUUGAGAAAGCAUCAGGGCCUAGCACUGGCUGCGACGGUGGCCUCCUUCGUUACAGGAUUGGCUCUGUUGGCAGUAGGGGUGUUUGCAGUUUGCAGGAGGAUACGUGGCAACAGGCCCUCCUCCCCAUGGAAGCUGGUGCUUUUCCACCCAAUCAAGAUCACCGGAGAGGACUUGUUCGCCGCGUUCCACGACAAGAAUGUGAUCGGAAGAGGAGCAUUUGGAAAGGUUUAUCUGAUCGUGUUACAAGACGGGCAAAAAGUCGCGGUGAAGCGGCUGUUCAGUUCAGCCAAGCUGACAUUCAGAGAAGUGAAGAACGAGAUGAAAGCGCUGGCGAAAAUCCGGCACAAGAAUAUUGCCAAGAUUGCAGGCUUCUGCUACUCGGAAGGGGAGGUCAGCGUCAUAUAUGAAUACUUUCAGAGAGGAAGCUUACAGGAUAUGAUCUGUGCGCCGAAAUUCGCGGUGGGAUGGAACGACAGGUUGAAGGUUGCACUGGGAGUGGCUCAAGGAUUGGCAUAUCUUCAUCAUGAUUAUACUCCUCGCAUGCUGCACCGCGAUCUGAAGUCGAGCAAUGUGCUACUUGCCGAUGAAUUUGAGCCCAGGGUUGCUGGGUUUGGGAUUCAUCGUGUCGUUGGGGAAAAGGCGUACCGAUCUUCCUUGGAUUCGGAUUUGAAUGACAAGUGCUACAUCGCGCCAGAGCAAAACUUCACAAAGAGCCCAACGAACCUCAUGGACGUCUACAGCUUUGGGGUCAUUCUCCUGGAGCUGAUCACCGGAAGGCCAGCAGAGCAGCCGGCGUCCAAGGACUGCUCGGACAUUGUUAGCUGGGUGCGGAGGCGGAUCAACCUGAUCGACGGCGCAUCGCAGAUACUCGACCCCAGCAUUCCCCACACGGAGCAACAGGGCAUGAAGGCUGCCCUGGAGCUCGCGGUGCGCUGCACGUCGGUGAAGCCUGACCAGAGGCCGGACAUGUAUCAAGUUGUGAGGUCGCUGCAGGCGCUGUAG